GAUAUUAUGAAGGGAAGUGUGCAUUUGUUUUCUUGUGUUUUGAAACGUGAUGAAGACAAAAACUGAAAUGUCUACUGAAAAUAAACCGGACAUUUUGUCUGACAAUUAUUUUGCUAUCAAAGGUAAAAUAAUAUCAACUGAUACAAUUAUAAAAAAUUAUAGCGUUAAAUGCGAAGAAAACGAAGCACAGAAACAAAAGUUAGAAAAUUUGACUCUUAUGGUGGAAAAACUACGUCAAGAAUGUACUAACUACGAAAAUAAUUUAAGUAAAUCUUUACAAGAAAUCGAACCUCUGAAAACUAAUUGGUGCUUGCUUAAAGAAGAAAAUGCAAAACAAGUUGAAAGGGUAGAAGCAUUACAGACCAAGUUAAAUGCUUCUGAAAAAUUGAUGGAGCAGUAUGAUGCUUUAUUGAAGAAUAUGAAUGAAGAUUCUUCAGAUACCAAUAACAAAAACAUAGUUUUACUGGAAAAAGAAGUAGAGAGAAAAGAAAAGACUAUAGAAAACAUCAGAGAGAAGAUAGAACAAGAAAAAACCUCUAAGAAAAAAUUACACGAACGCUACAAAAAAACAUUAAUGUAUCUGCUAAAAUUUGGUGAAGAACUCCAAAAGCGAGGAAUGUUAAAAAAGAAAGACAAAAAUAUUAUUGAUAUUUAUUCCAAAGGUUCGUUUACUCCGGAUGAUGUAGAAUUAGAUGAUCUAGAUAUUUGUGUAUCACCAGAUAUGAUGGAAUUAGAAGAUUUAGUGUGUGAAGUAGAUGGAAUACAAAAUGACAAUGCAACUGACUCAAGUGAUUUAAAUGGAAGUAGGGAAAAUGAUGAUAUUAAGGAAGGAGUAGAAGAUACAGAUGAAGUCAAUAAUUGUGAUAAUGCACAAAAUGAAGAAAAUGUUUCACAUAAUUCUAAUGAUGAAGAUUGUAAAACUAAUUCAACAAAGGAUGCUAAAGAAUCUAAAAACUCUGGCCCUCUAGUUCAAAAAGAAAGUAAUAAAGAACAUUCACAUAAAGAAAAUGUUUCAUGUAAUUCUAAUGAUGAAGAUUGUAAAACUAAUUUAACAAAGAAUGCUAAAGAAUCUAAAAACUCUGGCCCUCUAGUUCAAAAAGAAAGUAAUAAGGAACACUCACGUAAAGAAAAUGUUUCAUGUAAUUCUAACGAUGAAGAUUGUAAAACUAAUUCAACAAAGAAUGCUAAAGAAUCUAAAAACUCUGGCCCUCUAAUUCAAAAAGAAAGUAAUAAGGAACACUCACGUAAAGAAAAUUUUUUACAUAAUUUAAAUUUUCAAAAUUGUAAAAAGUCUUCACAAGAAAGUUACAAAGGUUCUAACAAGUACGCUUCAUCAAAUCAGAAUGAAACAAAAUCAGAGUAUUCAAAUGAUUCCAACAUUCAAAAAGUUAAAACAACUCCACCAGAUAUUGAUAAAAGAUGUGAUAAGUAUAUCACUGCAAAUCAGAAUGAAAAUGAUUCAAAUCAUUUGCAUAAUUCUAACAUUCAAACAUGCAAAAAUACUUCACUAGAAAAUAAUAUUGGAGUUAACAAUUGUAAUCUUUUAAAGCAGAGUAAAAUUAAUUCAGGUGAUUCUGUCGUUAAAAAAGUUAAAAUUACUACAUCAGAAAAUACUAAUAAAUUUGCUAAAUGUAUCCCUGCAAAUCAAAAUGAAAUUUAUCCAGGAUGUUCACAUAAUUCCAAAAUUCAAAAAUAUAAUACUACUAAAUUAGAAAGCAAUAAAGAAUCUGAUAAAUGUAUAUCUAUGAAUAAAAAUGAAAUUAAUUUGUCUGAUGAAGAAAGUGUUUCAUGUAAUUCUAAUCAAGACUGCAAAACAACACUUGCAGAAAAUGAUGAAGUAUCUAAUCAAUGUAAUGCUGUCACAAUUGAUAACAAAAUUAAUCCUGAAUGUUCACAUAAAGAUAAGAUUUUGCACAAUUCACUUACUGAAACUUGUGAAACUGUUUCAUUAGAAAGCAAUAAGAAAUGCACUUCUCCAAUUCAAAAUGAAAGUGAAUCAGAAUAUUUAAAUGGAGAUGAUAUUUCACAUGAUUUUAAUAUUCAAGAUUGUACAACUAUUCCUUCAGAAAAUAAUGAGAAAUCUAGCAAAUGUUUUAAUCCAGUUCAAAAUGAAAUUGAUUCAGAAAUUUCGUAUAAAGAAAUGGAAGAUGAAAUAAUUAAAAUAUUGGCUCACAUGAAAUGCCAAACAGAAUGUUAUCAAAUAUUGUCACCAAUUCCAUCAACCCCAGAAACUUUUGAUAUAACUAAUAAAAGGACUGAAAAUAGAAAGAAGAAAAAGCGAAAAUUUGAGAAACUUAAAAAUAAUGAUGAUGAGGAAACUAACCAAUCAAAAAUGAAUGAGCAUUUUGAAAAUGUCAAUGGUGAGAGAAGAGUAACUUUUGCUGAUGAAUUCCCUAAUUCUAAUGGAAAUUUACAUUCAUUUCAGCAAGAUGACAGUACUGAUUCAAGAUAUUGUGAUAAACAAAAUCAUGAUGAUGAUAAUUUAAAAGAAUCAUCACAGAAUUUACAAGAAUGUCCUUUUAAAGCAAAUUUUUCUCACUGUCCCAUUGAUGGAAAUUUUAAAAUAAACAUACGUUUAUUAGAUGAUGCAAAUAAUACCACCAUUGAAAAUCAUAAAAUGACAACAAUAAAUAUAGGUUUUAAUAAUUUGACAAAAGAAUUCAGCAUAGGAUAUUCAAAAGUUCCUUGUGUAGAUCAUAAAUCUGAUAGAAUAGAAAAUAAUCAUAUACAUUCUUAUUGUAAUAAUAAUUGUUCUAUAAGAGAUGAAAAAGUAAAUAAAGUUCAGAAGUUACAGAAUUAUAAUCAAAAUAACCAACAGAAAAAUAAGAAUUUUUCAAGAGUUCCUAAGAAAAAUACUUUUGAUAAAAAUGUUUCUGAUAUUUCAAAUAAUACAUUUCAAGAAAAUUUUAACGUAAGCAAUAGCACUAGUUCUAGAAAAAAUUUGCAGAAAGAAGUUCCUCUGAAAGAUCAUGUUGAUUCAUUGAAUAAAUCUUCAAACUUUACAUCAGAUUCAGAGAUAGAGCAACAUGAAAUAUUACAAGAAAACUAUGAAGAAAUUGAUGAUUUAAUUACAAGGAACAGUUCUUGUAAUAUCACAUCACAGAACAAUAAAAUAAAUAAAUUUCAAACAAUUAAUAAUUUAAAAUUGGAUUCAACGGAAAGUCAGAAAUGUUUGAAUUUUGGUAAAAAUUCAGACAAAAAUUUUAAAGGAAGAGAAAAUGUCAAUGGAUGUCAGACUAAAAUACAUAAAAGAACUGAAACAAAAUUAAAAAAUGUCAGCUUAAGAAGUCGAAUUUUAUCCGGCUUAAAAAGUAAUAGAUGUAUCAAAAGCUGCUCUCUUUCUGUUUCAUCCUCUAAAAAAAUUAAUAGCAAAACUACUGAUAUUACUUCAGUAAAACAAAACAAAAUAGCAGGUGUUGAAAUUGAUACUAGAAGUGAAGCAACAGAAUGUAAAUCAAGUAAAAUUAAAUGUCCAGUGAAUCUAUCAACAUCACAGAAUAAUACUAGUUCAGUGACAUCAGUUUUAGAAGAAUCUAAUUAUUCAAAUAUUCAUAAGUUAGUAAAUAAUAAACUUACUGUAAAUAAUGAAAAAUCAAAACUGACUCAGAAAAGAAUAUUAAGAAAUAAUAAUAAUGAUUUAGAUGUAACUGAAAGUAAACGGCAAAAAUUAGAUAACAUCAAUAAAAAUGAUACUGUUGCAUGUGAUUAUUGGACAAUAGGAAGCAGUUGGUUGGAUAUAGAUGUGCAUGCAAAUCAACUUUUGCUUGAGAUUGGUUCUUUAAAUACAAAUUCUGCAAACUGUAAGGAUAAAAUAUUAAAAAUUUACUAUCAAUUGUUAAAUCCAAAGGUUAUAACAUCAGCAGAUGUUUUUAUUAAAUCUUUACUAAUAUAUUUGUCGAAGACAAGGAAGAAUGCAUUUAUUGAUUUUAUAGAAGGCAAUUGUUCUCCACCUCUUUUGACAAAUAUGGAAAGAAAUUUGAUUUUAUUUAUCACAUUUUUAGAAAAAAAAUCAAAAAAUCAUUUGAAACAUAUUGCACAAAGUUUGCAAACUGCACUUUUAGCACACGUUUUCACUAAAAAUCAUCACAUCUUAUUUGGAUUGGCAACAUUAUGUCGUCUUUAUGUAGGAUUGUGCAAACAGAAAGGUGAACUAGAAAAGGCACGUGUAUUUUGUUAUGAUCUCUUCAUUAAGUUUAAAGAAUCAUCUAUCUAUCUUGUAAGUACUGUUGUAGGAGUGUGGCCAACAGUUCUAACUGGAAAAGCAAAUAGUCCAUUAGAAAAAGUAUAUGCUUACAUAUUAUUUAGAGCAGGGAAUAACCUUAACAGUACCCUUUAUCAACAAUGUAAAUCUGUUCUUGAACUUAAAUGUAAAUUAAAAUCUCCAAAUAAUGAAGAUAUCCUAUCUUUAGGUAAAGAAAUAAUUUGUACAAUAGAAGAACAAACAAUAAAUGAAAACGUUAAGCAAAUAUUUCUUGAAGCCCAAAUGGCAUUAGAAUUACUGGCAAUUUAUUCACGUGAUAAGUCUAUAUUAGAACAAUUUUUCAAAUUGCUUUUAUCAGAAUUUGAAAAAUAUCAGAAAAAUUUUAAUAAUGAUAUUUCACAGACUAAGCUAGUGUUUAUUACUAAAAUGCUUGGAACUGUUAGUUUGCGUUGUAAUUUAGGAAAAAACAAUGUAGACAUUGUUGAAAAAAAACUAUUUGAUUUAUUAGAUUCAAGUGCAUCAGCAACUAUAAUUCAAGAAUCUGCAUUUGUUUCUUUAGUUCUUUUGCAGCCAAAAUUGAAACAGUCUUGUAUUGACAUUAUUUCAAAAUGGUUUUUAUCCCAUCAAAGUGAACUAAGCAAUGAAGUUAAAAACUUUAUAGAAAAGCUUAAAUUAAAAGAUUUCUUCAAAAGUUAAGAAUUAUUUUCUCCUUAUUAUUAUUUUUUUUAAUUUAGUUUUCUAUUU